AUGCUCAUCUGGAAAUUGGUGCACCAUGUUCUUGAAGGUCGGGGAUUGGACCCAGAUACUCCAUUAGAUGAUACGUACUGUUUCCCAGAAUUAGCCUCAUUACAAAUCAAGGAGGGGGUAAUAACCAUGUUUAAAGGCUGUGCCAGGCUGUACCACCAGACUAUUGCUCUGUCUAACCUCCCUACUCGGCAGACUUUUGCUUCCUUUUACUGCCACUUCUCAAUCAAACACACUACUGAAGGUCUGCGUGAUUUUGCAUUGCCUAAUGCCACCUGGAGCAAGAACUUCCAGAAUCUGUACAAUAAAUUCCUGGAACUAAGUAAAAAUGGCGGUUGGAAGCGAAUCCCUUCCCACAGCACCACAGCUCAUCACUUAACAGGUGACCCUUUGGAGACAGGGAUAGGCAAACGCCUGUUCCUUAGGAACCUAGAUAGUGACGGUGUUGGGUUUGAGUACAGCAUGUUUUAUAACAAGGAAGAGAGAAGGAUGGUUUGUCUCUUCCAGCCCGGUCCCUACCUGGAAGGGCCCCCAGGAUAUGCCCAUGGAGGAUGUAUUGCUACUAUAAUUGACAGCACAGCUGGAGCAGGAGCUGUAUAUACAUAUGGAAGUGUCAUGACAGCCAAUCUCAACAUCAACUACCUCAAGCCUGUACCCUUGGGAUGCACAUUGUUGGUGGACAGCCGUGUGGAAAAAAUAGAAGGUCGGAAAGUGUAUUCAAGCUGCCAUAUCCACAGCCAUGAUGAGCUCAUCCUUCACACAGAGGCAACCGCUCUGUUUAUCAAGAUGAACCAUUAACAAAGUCCAGACCCAACAAGCAGUCCAUGGCAUUGUUUGCAUUAAAAAAAAAGAGGCUCAUCAAGCGGGCUGAGUUGGGAUUCUGUACCUACCGACUUCCUGACAACUAAUGUGAAUGAAUAUUUUUUUUAUGGCCUCUUGCGUUAAUUAAAAAGAACAAAGUGAAAAUUAAGACUGAAUAAACAUGUACACUGUUCAUAUGAAAACAAAUGUAUUUUUAUUUUCUACACUUUAUGAAAAAAUAUUUUCAUUUCAUUGGUAGUGCAAAUGGUACUCACAUAGUCUUAAAAAGUACAUGGAACCAUUCAUGUAUAUAUAACCAAAUCUA